ACACCAAGGAGGAAGUGUUGUUCGUACAACAGGGGAGCUGCCUGCUUGAUAUUUUAGGACAGUUUGCUUGGUUAAAAGGUGUUUGUCCUUAUUUUGCAAGAAUGGAUACUCAGACAUAUCUGCCUGUUCAACCCGGUGUCGGGAUGGAGGAGAACUUUCUUUCUCUUGACGAUAUUUUGCUCUCUCAUGAGAGACUUCCCAUACGGACGGAGUGCACCUUUCCUCGGCUGGGAUUCCUGGAGAAAUCGAGUGACACACAGGAUAUAACAGAGGGUACAAAGAUGGAGCUCCCUCUAUGGCUGACUAAGGGUCUGUAUGAGAGGAAGAGGAGGGUGUUGUCAGUUGAGCUUCCAAAGGUGUACAGGGAAGGCUGGAGGACUGUUUUCAAUGCUGACCCCAAUGUGGUGGACCUUCAUAAGAUGGGACCCUACUACUAUGGCCUGGGAUCCCAGAUGCUGCAUUUUGAGAGCCCAGAGAACCCAGAGAUUGGACAGACACUGCUGCAGACAUUCAUUGGUCGGUUCAGACGGAUCAUGGACUCCUCCCAGAAUGCCUACAACGAGGACACAUCAGUGCUGGUGGAGCAUCUGGACUGUCUGGAGAAGACUCUGUUCAGGUCAGGGCAGAGUGGCCUUAACAGCUUCCAGAGCUGGGAGAAGGGCAGAGCCUCCCAGCUCACUGCCUCCAGUCUGGUUCUCAACUACAGAAAGAGGAAGAUGACGGAUGUACAGCCCUGACUGAGGUGAACCGAGGCCUGCACCCAAAGCUAAAGAUGCUUGUCACAACUUGGUCAGCAGAUCAAAGCACAACAUCAACAGACUCUGCCUUCUUGACCUUUUCAUUUUCACAAAAAACUCUGCAUAGGGGCCAUGCUCUCUGUCGGGAUGCCCAAACUGUGCCAAUUAUUAAAACGGCUGGGUUGUAUGACCAAAUUUGUGAUCAUUGUACUUUUUCCAUCAAUGUUCUGUUGUUUUUUAUCUAAUUAUAACAUUUGAUAAUAUGACCAGUUUCAAAAGUAGCCUUAAAGUCAGCAAGGCUGAUGAAAAUGGAUGGUUCUCUUGUCUCAAUUCCCCAUGAACAUUUUAUUUUUUUUCUUAAAGAUACCUCUUUGGCGUGACUAGAGAGGUGGCUGAACUGCUAUUAAAUCAGCUUCAGUUGUAUCCCUGUUCUUUAGAAGUACAAUAUCUUACUUCAUUUUAUAUUUUAAAUGGACAAAAAUCUUUAAGUGACUUUGACCAGUCUUGACAGAAAUGAAAAAUUCAAUUAAAAAUAUCUUCACAUCACAUGCAAGCAUAAUGCAUGCAUACUUCCAUUCAUUUGUUAAAAUCAUUAAAAAAUUUACCGUGAUUAUCUAGGCUACAUCAUUUUUUUCAGAUAUAAUAUCAUCACUGGGUGAUCAUUUCAGCAGAACUAUAACUGUUUUGUAAUGUCAUAUCUUUUACAGAGCAAAAACUGUUGAUGGAUUAGUAGAUUUUGUAUGUAUAAUUGCUUCUUGUAAAAUUAAAUAUGAUUUCUUACACGUGCUGGUGACAUCUGUAAGAUACAGUUGUAUUUGUCUUUUAUACUACUCACCCCAAGAUUUCAGGCUCCAUUGUUUUAUCCAUUUUAAUGCCAUCCACUGUUAUUUAUGAAAAAAGCCUUCUGGGCCUUUGUACAAAGCUGCUAACAGUAGAUUUGCUAAGAUUGUACAAAAAAUAAAAAAUACAAAGUA